UUGGUGAUUAAACCAAAACUGGAAUGAGUUACAGUUGUUAACGGGGGCUAAGUUUAAUUACCUUUUCCCAGAAAACCUGCACCAGUGUGAUGAGUACAGUCACAAACAAAAAUUCUCCUUAAUUGACAUAACAGGAAAGGUACUUCAGUGAGCAAUUAUGCUGAUGUCCUGGGCUGGCACAUGUGUGUCCCACAAAUAUAUCUUGUACUUCCUGCAAAAUUCUUUUAAGUAGCUAUAAGGAAGACAUUAUUUUUUUUCUUUUAAAUUUUUUUUUCCAGCAUUUGGCGAGAACUAAUCACUGACUUGGAGGCUCUUUUUUGAGGAAAACAAUGGGACAAAACAAUGUCUUUUUUUGUAAGACCUGCCAAAGCACAAAGGAUGCAUGGGAUGUUUUUUUUCUUUGUUGCUUUUGUCAGCAGGAAGUUUUGUUGUUGGGAACGAGUAUAACAUGCACUGUCCUUGCUCUACGUAAUCGCUGUCUGGUCCUGCGAGCUGGGUCCCGUCUGUGCCUCUCCAGCUGGCAAAGAGCAGAGCUCUGCCUCACCCUGGGGGCUCUGCCCAGCCCUGGGUGCCCUCUCCAUCCAGACUGAUGCCCAGUAAACAAAUCCAGGAGUCAGAUGCUCCAAUGAUUGCUGGGGUCACGCAGGUUGGGGCCCACAUUUAAAAUGCUGAUUUUGUGAAUUACUUCCUUUUUUUUUUAAUUUUUUUUUUUUUUCCAUCAGAGGGUUUAAAAUGUGGGAGUGCUGUCCAGUGCAGACAGCUUCAGAGUGUUGCACCCAGGUGUAAAUAUUCCAGACCUCGUCUUUGAUGUGCUCAGGUCUGCUUUGUUUCCCUCUAAGUUAGUUGUAGGUCCGUCACAAAGAGCCAGAUCCGACUGAGUAAAUCACUUGUGGAAGUUAAUUGUUCCCAGUGAAAGCUGGUCUGGCUCAUUCUGCCUCCGUCGCAGGAAGGGACAGAGGUGGUGAGCUGGAUCUGCGUUCUGAGCCCAGCGACUUUAAUUCUGAUCAGAUGUCUCUCUUCAGGGCGUUAAAGAAAACCUGCUCACUAAUCAAAAAGAGCCUCUUCUCUAGACAAACGACUGAAGCAGUGAGGAUGGAGCCCACCAAGAUCAACAUGUCCCGCGUGCCCCUGGUCAGCGGAGGCAUCGACAGCGCCAUGCUCAAGGCACACAAACCCCGCGUGAUGUCCAAGAGCGGCCACAGCAACGUCAGGAUAGACAAGGUCGAUGGCAUUUACCUGCUCUACCUGCAGGAUCUGUGGACCACAGUCAUAGACAUGAAGUGGAGGUACAAACUCACCCUGUUUGCUGCUACUUUUGUCAUGACCUGGUUCCUCUUCGGGGUGAUCUACUACGCCAUCGCUUUCCUUCACGGGGACUUGGAGAUGAACAAGUUCUCCCCAAAGCGGGAGCCGUGCGUGAAGAAUGUGGAUUCCCUGACUGGGGCAUUCCUCUUCUCCCUGGAGUCCCAGACAACCAUUGGCUAUGGAUUUCGUUUCAUCACAGAGGAGUGUCCCCAUGCCAUUUUCUUGCUCGUGGCCCAGCUGGUCAUCACCACCCUGAUUGAGAUCUUCAUCACAGGUACCUUCUUGGCCAAGAUCGCCAGGCCGAAGAAAAGGGCAGAGACGAUUAAAUUCAGCCACUGUGCUGUCAUCACCAAACACAACGGGGAGCUUUGCCUGGUGAUCAGAGUGGCAAACAUGAGGAAGAGCCUCCUGAUACAGUGCCAGCUCUCUGGGAAGCUUCUUCAGACCUACGAAACCAAAGAAGGGGAGAGGAUUCUGCUGAACCAAGCCAGUGUCAAAUUCAACGUUGACUCCUCUUCAGAGAGUCCAUUUCUCAUUUUGCCUUUAACCUUCUACCACAUUUUGGAUGAAAGCAGCCCUCUCAGAGACCUCACACCUCAAAACCUCAAGGAGAAGGACUUUGAGCUUGUGGUGCUCCUGAAUGCCACGGUGGAGUCCACCAGUGCUGUCUGCCAGAGCAGGACUUCCUACAUCCCCGAGGAGAUCCACUGGGGCUACGAGUUCGUGCCUGUGGUUUCCCUCUCUCCAAAUGGAAAGUACGUGGCAGAUUUCAGCCAGUUUGAGAAGAUCAGGAGAAGCACAGAUUCUACUUUUUAUAGUAUGGACUCUGAAAAGCAAAAGCUGGAGGAGAAAUACAGGCAGGAGGACCAAAGAGACAGGGAACUGAGAACAAUGUUGUUACAGCAGAGUAAUGUUUGA